AUGAUGGAAAUAGAGACAAGUAGAAGAAAAAGGACUGAAAAUUUCAGCAAGUCUGAAGAAAAAUUUUUAAUUGAAAGCGUGAAAAAAUUUACUAACAUAAUAGAAUGCAAAAAGACCGAUGCAGUGUCUAUUAAGGAAAAAAAUGCAGCCUGGAUAAAAGUUGCCAAUUGGUUCAAUUCCAAUUCACAAAAUUAUAGAGCUGCUGACCAAUUGAAAACUAAAUACCUAAAUUUAAAAAAACAGUGCAAAAAAGACUUUGCAGAAGAGAAACAAAUUAAAAUAGGAACGGGUGGUGGGCCAUUUUCAACUCUAAAGACUUCCACUGUCGAUGAAGAUAUACGGGAAAUUUUAGGGUCCCAAGUUACUGGAAUGCGAUCUAACUUUGAUAAUGACUUGGAUGAAAAUGCCCCCGAAAAUGUCCUAGACCAAGGAAUCCAAUCGGAAGUAAUAUUAGAAUCACAUAAUAAUGAAGAUAAUAUUGAAUAUUAUGAAAUUACCGAGGAAAUUAAUGAGAAAUCUACUGUAAGUGGAAACUUGAAGGAAAAUCGAGGCCGGCCUGACCCUUUGAAACAAAAAUUAGGCAAGUGGGCAGAGUCAAAGUCUAACUUGGAAGACUUCCAAAUAAAAUGCUAUGAGGAGGAACAUAAGAAAAAAAUGGAUCAUCUUGAAAAAAAAAAAUGCAUUAGAGCUCCAGCACAUGAAAUAAGAACAUGA